AUGAUGCGUUCCUUGAAGCUGUACGAGCACCCGGAGUUCAAGACCGAGGACGAAGACAUCUCCCUCCUCACUACAAUCCUCUUCGUUUCGGCGCUCGUCCUCCUCGCCGCCAUCUUCAUUCUGAGCAUAUUAUGUCUCGUCCGCUGGGACGAGUGCUCAACAACGUACUCCGUAUACAGUGCGCAACCACAGUUCAUGACUGUCCGGCAAAUACUCAGCAGUACGAGGAGAAGUAUCUGA